CGUACGACCGCAACAAGCUCCUCCUUUUCCUGCCUGCCGGCGAGCGACCGAUCCGGCGGACGAGACCAUGGCGCUCGCCGGCGACGUCGCCUACUGGCUGGCGGAGCACCCGGACAUCGUCGGCUUCCGGUGGAGCCCCUCGGGCCUCUGGUUCUCCACCUGGGCGUUCCUCCUCGGCUUCCUGGCCGCGUACGUGUCCCUCUGCCUGGCCGCCGACGCGCUGCUCGGCGCGCUCCUCCGCCGCCGGAAGCCGGUCCCUUUAGGCCCCCUCCCGGCCGCGCACGCGCUCCUGAUGGCCGCCGUCUCGGCGACCAUCUUCGCCGGCACGCUGCUGUCGGCGGUGGCGGAGAUACGGGACACGCGGUGGUCGUGGCGUGGCCGGAGCCGGACGACGCCGCUCCGGUGGCUCCUCUGCUUCCCGCCGGGGACGCGCUCGUCCGGCCGCGUCUUCUUCUGGUCCUACGCCUACUACCUCUCCCGGUACCUCCACGCCUUGCGCGGCGCGUUCGCGGUGCUCCGGCGCCGGCGCGGGGCCGGCGCCCGGGUGCUGGCGCACGCGGCGUCGGUGGCCAUGGCGUUCCUGUGGCUCGAGUUCUCGCAGUCGUUCCAGGUGCUGGCCAUCCUCGCCUCCACGCUCGCCCACGCCGUCGCCUUCGGGUUCAGGUUGUGGGCGGGCAUGCUGCCGGCGGCGCGCGGGGCGUGCCAGCUCGGGCUGCUGGGGUGCAACCUGGUGUGCCACGCGGGGGUACUGUGGAUGCACUUCGGCGGGGCCGUCGCCGGCGGGUGCAGCGGCAUCGGGGCAUGGGUGUUCAACACCAUGCUCAACGCCGCCAUGCUCUGGGUGUUCCUCCACUGCUACGGCGUCACCCGCGGCGUCCUCUGCGAUGACGACGACGACGACGGCGCCUCCCUGCAGCAGCAGCAGCAGAAGAAGAAGAAGGAGAUGUGAGAGGGGCGGCGGCGUGAGGUGAUCACCAACCCAACCCAACCCAAAGAAACCAUUGUAACAUACAUCCAUUGCUGUACAUAUAGGUAGGCCGGCAUCGGCAUCUGGCAUUGGCAUCUCAAUGAGAUGAGAUGACAUGAGAUGAGGAGGUGACUGCUGCUACAAACCAAACCAAAGCAAAAAAACAAAGAUUCAAUUUUAAUUAUAGAGAUGUGCAUAUACAUACAUGCAUAGAUACAUAUAUGCGUUCCGGGUUUGACGAUUGGAUCCAACACCCCCGAUCGAUGAUGCUGAUUAACUCGAUUCCUAUACUCUGUUCUUGUGUUCA